AUGGAGCCGGUGCAGGGGCAGGUGAGCUACACCGCCGCCGACGCUAACGAGCUCUUCGACUUUUGCGACCGGCACAAGCCCGUGUGCGGCCGCUGCAUCUUCUGUGCCAUGGAGAACUCGGUGCAGCCGUGGAUCCGCGCACUCAACAACGAGCAGCUCAAGGCCUCCGUGGUGUCCCUACGAGGUGAACAACAGGAUGCUCCAUGGCGUGGCGCCUUCUUCCGGCAGCGGCUGGGCGACACCAUCGACGAGCACUUGUUCCAGGAGACGGCGGCGCCCGCACUGUUCAUGAACGACUACAACGUGGAGCACGACAACGCCCCGAAAGCGACACAGGCGAAGUACACGGUGUUGGUCACGGGCGCGCAGAAGCGCGACGUGGCUGUGGGCAGGACCGGGGUGCUGGGCCAUGUGACGUACCUGGUGGGUGAUGUCAUCCGCGACACGCUCGACAAGCUGGCGGCGAUGGAGCUCCAGCUCCCCGUGUGGAUCAUGGAGCUGGACGCGUCGGCGGCGGACGAGGCGGUGCACCCGAUGACCAGGUGGUGCCGCAGGAGGCAUUCGUGCACCCGGACGUGGAGGUGA